AUGAACUCGCUGGUGGUGUUGUUUUCUGUUAUGGCGCUAACAGCUGCCAAGCCUUCCGGGCUCAUACAAUCUGAGGUCAUAAGCUACGCUGCUCCAGCUGUAGCUCUAGCUCCUGCUGCAGUAUCACACCAGUCGCGGAUAGACAUUAAAUCAUCUCCAGCUGUGAUUUCUGAAAAAAUUAUUGCUCCUGUCGCUCGCACUGUAGUGGCUGAACCAGCUAUUGUUGCUGCUCCUGCAUCUUAUGUCGCACCUGCUGCUUAUGCUGCUCCAGCUGCUAUCGCAGCCCCAGUAUCAUAUUCCUCACCAGUUGCUUAUGUAGCUCCUGGAGUCUACUCUGCUCCGAUUGCCGUCGCCCCAGCAGCAGUUUCUUCUCAAUCUCGUUUGGACAUUAAGUCAUCCCCAGCAGUAAUAAGCACUAUUGCCUCUGCCCCCGUAUUGAGUGCUUACAGUGCAUCAGUUCCCGCCAUUUAUCCAUCAGAAUAG